GAAAGAAUGACAUACAAACUGAAGGACGUCUGAAGUACUCGAUGGUAGUUCUCUUGAACGAGCACACACCUGUGUUUGGAAGGGAUUGUUAUAGGACGACCGUCCUUCGAACGUGUACUAAAUAAAGGAUUUUAUAAUGGAUUACAGUACACAUCAAGAAGUUUGCGAUAGGCUCUAAAUGAUAGAUCUCAUGGAACAGAAGAUAGUUUGCAUAUCAGAUACAGAGAGAUUAGAAAGCUGCCAACUCUGAUUGAGAAAUGGUGUCCGGAAUAUAUCGUCUGCUAGCGUUCCUAACCCUGAUGUGAAGUUUGAUUUAGUUGGUGGAUUUGUUUAAAGCAGAAGUAUUCUACAACCAUGACUGGAAGGCAACGGGGAAUGUCCUUUGAAGUGAAGAAGAAUGAGAAAGCAGAAGAUUACUAUAUCGUGAAGGAAGAACUUGGCAAGGGUAAAUUUGGUAUCGUAUACCGCUGCGAGGAGAAGUCUACGGGUAAGACAUGGGCGGCCAAGUAUGUGAAGACGAUCAGAGCGAAAGACAAAGAGGCCGUUCAACGAGAGAUCGACCUCAUGUCAGAGCUGGAGCAUCCAUCCCUCAUGGCGCUCAUCGAAGCUUAUCAAUCAUCGAGACAGACUGUCAUGAUCCUCGAGUGUAUUACAGGAGGAGAGUUAUUCGAGAGGAUAGUGGACGAUACAUUUGACCUUACAGAGAGCGAGGUCAUCAGCUAUAUGAGGCAGAUCUGCGCAGGCGUACAACACAUGCAUCAUCACAACAUCAUGCAUCUUGAUCUUAAACCGGAGAACAUUAUGUGUGUGAACCGAACGGGCUUUCAACUCAAGAUCAUCGAUUUCGGAUUGGCCAGGAAGUACGAACCGGACAAUGACGUCAAGGUUUUAUGUGGAACGCCGGAGUUCGUUGCCCCGGAAGUAAUAAGCUAUGAUGCUAUAACUCCAUUGACAGACAUGUGGAGUGUGGGGGUCAUCUGUUAUGUUCUACUGAGUGGACUGUCACCUUUCUUGGGAGACUCGGACUCAGAGACAUUGAAUAACGUCACAAUGGGAGAAUGGGACUUUGAAGAUGAGGCUUUCGAUGGUAUCUCCAACUGUGCAAAAGAUUUCAUUUCAGAUUUACUCGUCAAAGAUCAAAGAGAUCGUACGAGUGUAGAUGACAGCUUCAAACACCCCUGGUUGAGUGAACUGAGUACUAGAACCAAGGCUUGUGAGACCAAACUAUCCACAAAAAGACUCAAGAAGUUUUUGGCAAGACGACGCUGGCAGAGAACGGCAAAUGCAGUUCGCGCCAUUGGGCGUAUGAGUGCUCUUCGCUUGGUUUCUCAACGAAAAGCAAGUCAAUCGAACGGUAGUACACCAAGCGAGAAGAACCCAACCUCACCAUCCCCUUCAAGUAGUAGUAUCAGCUCUCCUGUGAAACAUCCUACAGAGGGGCAGGGCAGUGAGCGUACCCCUAACGCCGAAUCGAAGAUAAAAGAAAAGGCAGAGAUCGAUAAGGGUAUUGAUCAGCAAGGUAGUGCAACCAAUACAGUGCCUUGUGUUGAUCAGGAGAAGCCUGUGAACACACGCAGUGAUAGGAACAGUUAUGAGAAACCUUCUGAGACAAACGGUAGAGCCUUGUCCUUUACUUUAGACUCGGACGUGGAGAAUGAUAGCGGUCUUGACUUAUCCUUGGAUCAGACUGCUCUAGGAAAGCAGAGUGACAGAUCAUCCCAGAAUUCAGUCAACGAAGGACGAGACGAGCUACCUGUUGACUCUGGUAUUAAAACGAAUGGUAUUUCAGAUAUCACACGUGAUCAAAGCUUAAAGGUUGAUAAGGAUGAUCAGCUGCGUAAUUCUGUAAUCGACACUAAUUCUGUGACAUCAUCUUCAGCUGAUAAGAGUGAUAUCAGCGUGUGUUCUGAUGCGAGUGAAGAUACCAGUGACCCAGGAGUAAACAUGGACCGCUAUCUCUACGAUCCUAAUAAGGGGGUUAAGAACCAGGCUGCUAAAUGGGAGGGUCGUCACGACAGUCCAGAUAGGAAGUCCACCAAGCAAACGACAGGUGGACAAUCACCUCCGCAGCAAGCACCGGUCUUCAGGCAGAAGUUCCGACAUUGUGAGGUGAUCGUCGGGUCAGUGGCUUGCUUCGAAUGCCGUGUCGAUGGUCACCCGAGUCCGGACAUCAUCUGGUAUAGGAACGGAAAGAGGGUGCAGGAGAGUGAGAGGUCAAGGAUCAUGAAGGGUGGUGAGGAUGUCCAUUCUCUGGUCAUCAAGGAGGUCACUAAAGAUGACCAGGGCACCUACAUGUGUGAAGCUAGGAGUCCCGCAGGAAAGGCUCGCUGCAGCGCCAGGCUUGUGGUACAGCAACAUCCAGUAGUGUCUAACAAUCACGAGGAUAAAAGUUCACCCCCUGAAACUACAGAGUCACCUUCGAGACAGAACAGCACAGGCCGCAAGUUCUGGCAAUUCAGCUCGAGCAAGAAUAAGGAUCAGAGAGGGGACAAAUUGGCAACGUCAUCCAAGUCUUCUACUCCCGCAGCCGCUGCGAGCAAACAAUCAUUCUUCAGUUUAGAUCGGAAAGGAUCGUCACGCACUGAGUCUGAGCGGUCUGAGCCUCGCCGUGAGCAGCGAGCUACUCGCACUUCUACGGCAUCGUCUCCACGGUCCCAAUCAGGCUCCAGCAAAUCAGCCGUCGAUAAAUUGAAAGAGAGAGCUGAAGCAUUUACCAAGCAAUACGAAAGGAAAAAAGAAGAGAGGCAGUCGUUAUCUGAUCGUGAACCACGUCGCUCAACUAAUAUCUCGAAUUAUCUGCAACGAUACACUCGGAGUGCGUCGGCAGAGAGAAGUAGUAGUUUUAGCAUCGGGAGCACCUCGAGCCCGAGUAGGCGAGGGAGCAGCGCAUCGACAUCAGACGAACCCGACCUCGCGCCUUAUUCACGACCACGGCUAGCCACCUACGCGACCAUGAUUCGGUCGACGCAAAGCAUUGGAGCGCUCAGCGCAAAGUUUGAGGCGGGCAAAGCAAACGGAACUGAUACAAGGAAAGGAAAUUCAUCAACACUACCGAGAAAAGAUCUCAAAUAUAAUGCUAACUUGGAUGCUAAAAAGGCACUUUUUAGUAGCACCAGCAAUGGAACGACAAAUUCUUCUCCAGUCAAGAGUAAAACGAGAGAACCUGUUUCGGUCCUCUCACGGGCAGCAGUCACAUCACCACCGUCGACGUCAUCGUUACGAUCAAAAUUCGAGUCGAAAUCAAAUGGAGAUAAAGAUGCGCCUUUCACCCGCACGACACCGGUCCGACAAUCAACAGGAAGGCUCUCAUAUCUAGACAAAAUGGAAACAAAGGAGAGAGACUCAUCCCCUUCCUCGUCGUCAUCGUCAUCGUUCAGUAGAUCAUCAGCAGCUCGACAUUCAACGAUCGGAGUUAUGAAAUCCCCAUCGACAGGCAAUAAACAAGACACCAGGAAUGGUGUUAAUACCAAGCGCCAAGAACCAGCUCGUCCUGUAUCGACUUUCAUUUCGCCCUCCAAGUCAUCGUCAGUAUCAUCACCGAUAUCAUCUACCAAUCAGAAAACAUUCGUUUCCCGCUACGAAACCGUCAUCAAUUCAGACUCCGAAUCUUCCAUCUGUUCCACCACCUCGUCAUCAACCUCCGAGAAAAAGUCACGAUCAACACCGUCGUCAUCGAUCUCGUCUCGUUACGAGAUGAGAUCGCCCGUCGUCGAAAAACCACCGUCGUUCGUCAAGAAACCACAAAAGCUGUCGGCAUCGGAAGGAGAGUCGGCGACAUUGUCGUGCAUGGUUGAAGGUGAACCCAAGCCCGAGGUCACGUGGUCAUUUAGGGGGAAGCCCCUAGUGGAUGAAGGUCGGGUUGAAAUCUACCAGGAGAAAGGUACAUACUACCUAGAGAUCUUUGAUUUGGUAGGACGUGAUGCUGGACUUUACACCUGUCGGAUCGUCAACUCGGCUGGACGAUCAUCAGCUCUCGUUGAACUCGUCGUCAAUGCCAAGCCCAAGCGACCUCCUUUCUUCCUGCAGAAGUUGUCUGAUUGCGAGGUUCACGAGGCUGGGGCCAAUGGGCGUCUUCAAUGUAAGCUGGAAGGAGCCCCCGCCCCCGAGACCAGCUGGUUGAAGGAAGGCAAGCCACUAGAGGAGAGUGACCGGGUGCACUUUAUUCAGAGUGCUAACGGUAUCCAUGCAAUCAUCAUUGAUGACGUCACAGAAGAUGAUGAUUCUAUCUACACGUGUAUCGCCAAGAACAAGCACGGUCAGGUAUCCAGCUCUGCUGAGCUUAUUGUCGAAAUCGACCUUCCAUCCAAGAGUGAAGUAGACAGUAUUAUAAACACAUCUCUACAUAUAGAAGAGGAUGACAUACAACCCAGCUCCGUGACCGAAACCCCACCCGUUGCUGCCUCCUCUCCUGCUGUCCCUGAUCCGACCGUAUCCGCCCCUCAAUUCCUGGCCAGACCGAGCUCUGUAACAGCAGACCAAGCUAAAUCCGCACGAUUCAGCUGCUCAGUUUCGGGAUUUCCCCUUCCCGUAGUCACGUGGGCCAAGGAUGAGAAAAUCCUGCGGGAUGAAGGAAGAUUUGAGAUCUAUGAUGAGGGUCAAGAGUUCAUCAUGGAGGUCUUUGAGCUAGAGCCAGAGGAUGAAGGAUUGUAUACGGUCACUGCUGAAAAUCCGGCUGGCAAAGCUGCUACUGGUGCACAGCUUACCAUCAAUAGAACAAGGCUAGUUGAGCAGCCUCCUCCUCCAGCCCCUUACACGAACUCCUUGUCUUAUUCCGAUGUUCGUCAUGACGAGGCAGCGUCAUUAGAAGACGUUCCAUCUCUCAAAUCAGAACAACUCAUUCCUGAACCGAUCAGCGCCAACCUGACAGCCUUCCAACCCCCGUCUAGGAUCCCACCAGAGUUCCUAGCUCUCCCAACCCAACGGACAAUCACUGAACCCAACUCGGCAAAGUUCAACUGCCGUGUGGUGGGCGACCCGAAACCGACUGUGACUUGGAGUCGCAAUGGUGUCGUUCUCAGUGAUUCAGGGAGAUAUGAGCUCUAUGAGGAGAAGGAUGAGUUCGUCCUCGAGAUCUUCGAUACGACCACUGACGAUUCGGGGCUGUAUGUCUGCACGGCAACAAAUCUAGCGGGACAGAAGGCCGCUGAAACGAUGCUGACCGUAGAGAGUUCUGCUCCUAAAGGUACGAUACCAGAAUUCCUCGAAAAGAUGAGCGGUACCGCUGUGAGAGACGCCGACAAAGCAAAGUUCACUUGCAAGCUGCGAGGUAUACCGCCACCUAGCGUUCAUUGGUAUUAUCGCAACCAGGAGAUUGUCGGGAGCGAUGAGGUGUAUGAACUCUAUCACGAAGGCGAGAUCGCAUCUCUAUGUCUACCCGAAGUCCUCCCUGAGGAUGAAGGAGAGUACUCGUGUACGAUCAAGAAUGAUAUGGGAGAAACAUCAUGCAGUGCCUUCCUCAAAGUUCAAGUCGCAUCCCCCAAAUCAACUAUGCCAGAAUUCCUCCAGAAGCUCAAAGACAUCCAAGCCAUUGACGGUAGCCCCUUGUCUCUGCCCGUCAGAAUCAAAGGUUCACCGGCACCAGACGUCCAAUGGUUCUUCAACAAAGAGCAAAUAAAAGAAGACAAUGAUUUCAAGUUUGUUGUUGAUGGCGAUAGAUUAUCAUUGGUAAUCGCUGAGGUAUAUCCAGACGAUGCAGGCAUCUAUACGUGUAAGAUCUUCAAUUCGGCAGGUUCGGCUGAGUGUGCCUGUAAGGUGUUCGUACAAGCGAGUGACAUCGAAGGUUACCCACCAAAGUUUGUUCAGAAACCUCGUUCCAUCCACAUCGAUGAAGGAAGCAGUGUUACCCUCUCAUGCAAGAUCGACGGAGAACCUCUUCCCACCGUCACAUGGAUCAAAGAUGGCCGACCUAUCGAAGCAGGCCGAAGAUUUAAGAUGGAGUCUUCGGGUAUCUCCGGCACGACUCGGUCGCUGAAUAUCCCGACCGUUCUGGCUACCGAUGCGGGUAGCUAUACAUGUGUUCUACACAACCAGUCUGGUGGAGAUCAGUGCAGUGUGAACGUGGUUGUGAAACCACUGGAAGAGGAACAGACGGAUUUCAGGUCCCUUCUCAAAUCAAGACCUCGCCUCCAGAACAUUUCCAACUCGCCCAACAACGUCUCGAGCGACAAGAGCGAUGCUGAGCAGGUUGACUUCCGCCACGUGUUGACCCGUCACGUGAAUACAAGGAAGCGACCUUCAUUCAUCAAACCCCUGACCGAUAUCGAGGUCGUGGAGGGCGAGUCGGUGACCUUCGAAUGCCACGUGGAUGGUAUCCCGGAGCCGAUCAUCAUCUGGACGGCGAAUAAAAAGGAGAUCAAAGAAUCGAAAUACUUCCAGAUGAGCUAUAAAGAUACGGUAGCUAAGCUCCUGAUCGCCGAAGCUUUCGCAGAAGAUGAAGGUGACUAUGCCUGUACUGCAACCAAUGGUGUAGGAUCAGUUACUUGUGCUGCUGAGCUGACCGUACAAGAUGAAGAGAACGUGAAUGGUCUAAGGUUAUCGAUUGAUGAGCCGGCGAUCACUAUUCCUCAUCCAGACGAUCCUCCCCGCAGUGUGAUCGAAAGUGAUUGCACACACGACAAGGUAGCGUCCACAUUCAACGUUAGGCUUGCCAAGGCAGUCAACGGUACACCGCCCUCACCGCCCGCUCCAAUACAGCACAACACGAACACAAACAAUAACAAGGAGGUGAUCUCACCCCCGUCUGAGGUGCAGGAGAUAUCUCUCUCAUCAUUCACCAAAACUUCAUCGUCCAUCGAGGAAUCCACGUACUCAGCGUCUACACCUGAUACCACAGAAAGUGCGAUGGAUAAUCCCACCGCUGCCACCACUGCUACUGUGAAUGGAGACUCGACGGCGGCUCCUGCUACGGAUCCACCUUGCUUCCUGGAGCCACUGAAGGAUACCGCGGUCCUGGAGGAGAGCUCGGCCAUGCUCAAGUGCAAGGUUGUAGGGGAACCGGAACCGGACAUAUUCUGGUACAAAGAUGGAGUAGAACUGAAAGAUGACAGGAAAUAUAAGAUGGAUUUUCCAGAUGAUGACGUAGCUAUGUUGAUUGUGAGAGAGGCAGGGCUUGAAGAUGCAGGGGAAUAUACAUGCAAGGCUGUCAACUCAUGUGGAACAAAGGAAAGCACAGCAGAGAUUAUCGUCGAAGCUCCUGCCCGAAUCAAGGAUGCGCCGAAGACCCUGCAGGUCAUGGCAGGUCAUGACCUUUCAGUGACCUGUAACUUCGUAGCCAUCCCCGAGCCCGAUGUGGUGGUAUGGAGAAAGAAUCGGAAGACGGUCCAGGAAAGCGACCGUGUUAAGAUUGAGGAGACUGAUACGAGUACGACGUUGACAGUCACUAAGGCGACGCAUGAUGACAGUGGUCGAUACACUCUGCAGGUAGAAAACGACCUCGGGUCCGAUGACACCGCUAUCUAUGUCAGUGUAUUAGACAAACCCGACCCUCCUGUCGGCACGCCCAUCGCAUCCAAUAUCAGUCGACAGUCAUUGACGCUUUCAUGGACGGGAUCGAGUUAUGAUGGUGGUAGCAGGAUCACUGGAUACGUGGUCGAGAUGCGGACUGUCGAUGACGAGGCAUGGACAAAGGCAGACGUCGUGUCACACACAUCACACACCAUCGACAACCUCAAACCUGAAACGAAGUAUCUCUUCCGGGUCAGUUCGGAGAAUGAACACGGGAUCAGCAAGCCAGGUCAAGAGAGUGACCCCAUACUGACCGUAGUCGAGGAAAAGAAGAAGGUGGAUAUGAGGAAGCCAGUGACAGAGAAUGAUGCAGAAGAAGUCGAGUUCCGUCACGUGACCAUCAAACCAGAUAAAGACUUUUCAGACAAGUACCAGAUCAAAGAGGUCUUGGGAAAAGGGCGUUUCGGAACUGUCCAUAAAUGCAUCGAGAAGGUGACCGGCAAGGCGUACGCAGCUAAGAUGAUCAAAACCAUUAAGAGCACAGAUAAAGAAUCAGUCAAGAAUGAGAUCGAAAUCAUGAACAAGCUUCAUCAUGCUAAACUUCUACAAUGCCUGGAUGCUUUUGAGUCACCUAAACAGAUGAUUAUGGUCCUAGAGAUUGUGAACGGCGGUGAGCUCUUCGAAAGGGUGAUCGAUGACGACUUUGGGUUGACGGAGAGUGACGUCAUUGAGUUCAUGAGACAGAUAUGCGCUGGUGUACAUCACAUGCAUUCAACAAACAUCCUGCAUCUUGACCUGAAACCAGAAAACAUCCUGUGUAUAGACAAAACGGGUAGCCGGAUCAAACUGAUUGACUUUGGUCUAGCAAGGGACUUCAACCCAGCUCAAAGCACAAAGGUCAUGUUCGGUACACCAGAGUUCGUCGCCCCGGAAGUAAUCAACUACGAUGUCAUAGGUUUCACUACCGAUAUGUGGAGUGUUGGUGUCAUUUGCUAUAUCUUAUUGAGUGGAUUGUCUCCAUUCAUGGGUGAUAACGAUGCAGAGACACUGAAUAAUGUGACGCUAGCUGAGUGGGACUUUGAAGAUGAAGCUUUUGAUGCGAUCUCUGAAGAUGCGAAGACAUUCAUCGAGGGUCUCUUGAUCCAGAAGAAAGAGGAGAGAAUGACAGCGGCUGAGUGCCUCCAACACCAUUGGCUUGUCACAGACUCUAAAGAACUCAAAUGCAACAAGAUUAGUACCGCUAAACUCAAAAACUUCGUGGCAAGACGGCGAUGGCAGCAGUCAGAUUCAAGUGAAUCUAAUCAGGAAUCAACAAAUGAAGACUCGGCUGAUGAAAUAAAAACAGCUACAGCAGUGCGAGCUAUUGGAAGGAUGGCGUCCUUGUCACUAUUCGGUAGCAGCAAGAAAUCUGGUGAGAAUAGCGGAAGCCUCAUGCGAAGCCAAUCAUCGCCCUCAUCGUCAAAAGACAAACCACCAUCCACCCCGACCACUCCGCCAAUCAUCACGGAAGCUGAUGAUAAAGCGACCAAAGAUGAUGCCGAGAGGAGUGCGAUGUCCACAUGCGACGACGAGGCCAAACAAGAGGUGGCGGAAACGAUUGUUAGUAAGGAACAGGAGAAAGAACAUGCAACGAUGAACAAUAGGGAUCAUAAGAUCACAGAGAGAGAUACGAAAGCGAAUGAGCGACAAAACGGCGAUGAUGAGAGCGACGAUGACUCGGAUAAUGACGUUGAGGAUGACGUCGAUGGUCCAGGUAAGAAGGAUUUAAAUCAGAACAUUCCAGGCGCACCUCAUUUCCUCAAAGAAAUCAUUGACCAGGAAGUCUUCGAAGGCGACAGCGCCCGCUUUGAUUGCAAAGUAGCAGGCGACCCAGAACCUGAAAUCAAAUGGUUGCAAGAUGGCGUCGAGAUCGAGGAGAGUUCACGGUUUAUCUUUGAUUGCGACGAUGAUGGUUCAUUCUCCCUCAUCAUCAGGAGGAUCCAGGAAGAUGAUGAGGGUGAGUAUUGUAUCAAAGCAACCAACUCGAAAGGGGAAGCUGUCUGCAUCGGUGACUUACUCGUCGAAGUCUUUUAAACACUUCUCAAAAUUAUGGACAAAAUCUGCUAAUAAUGACACAAUCAGAAAAGGAGAUUGGAUUAGACUGUUUUUUACGUUGUAGAUAAUAAUAGAUAUAAAUGUAGAUAUGUCUCAGAUAAUCAGUGUUUAGAAUUUAAGACUGUACAGAUUAAUACAUAGUUCAAUUGUUUUGAAUGAAGACUGCUGUAGAAGAAAACUUGGCAAUGUGUCCUUAUGGAAAUGAGUUAUGAUAAUCCCACCUGCAGACGUUGUAUAAUGGAGAUAUACCAUGAAAGUUUUAAUCAUCGUGAAGCGAAAGUUAACAAAGUGUCUUAUAUUAAUUUCAGCGAUUUCCACAAAAACGGGAGUAUCUGUUAGUUACCGAAAGUAGACAUGUAGAAGCAUUAUACUCCCUAAUGAAUGUUUUAAUGUGAAUUUUUUGCCAAAAGUUUUCAUCAUUGCUUAGGUAGGGAUGUAAAAAAGAAAAAUAAUAAAAAAAUCGUUGAGAGUAGAAUGAUUAGAAUACCAUAAUAGACAGGAAAUAUAAUUUCAUGAGGAAUACAGGUUGAAAAAUAUAUAUAUUUUUUUUGUUUACGAAAUCAUAUUGUGUGACGCGUUGGAACUGUAUUCGGGUAGUAUACUUUCCAACAUGCCAAAUACUUAUUAGGAUGAUGUCUUUAAAGUAGACAAUAUGCAGCAUAAAUAUAUGUGUACUUUUCAUAAUCAAGAGAUAUUAUCGCAAAUGUAUUACAUUGUUUAGUACAGAUGUAAACUGCGUAAGUAGAGAUUGUGAUAGUGUACUUGCUAAUAUUUUAUAUUUUAUUUCAAACUAAGUCUAUGAAUCCACGAUACAAUGCCUUAUCCGUAUUGUAAAGAAAUAUUUAUCAGCAUUCAUCACCCCCUCCCGUCUCUCUCUCUCUCUCUCUCUCUCUCUCUAUCUAUCCCCCCUCCUCCUCUCUCUCUCGCUCUCUCUCUCUCUCUCUCUCUCUCUCUCUCUCUCUCUUUAUCUGUAAUCGCGGGGAGAGGGAGUUGCACAAUGUUGCGUUUGAUGCCUAUGCUCAACAUAAAAGAAGGUGACGUAAACGACACGAGAAACAUUUGACAGGCUGUCUAUACUACACUGCCCCUAAUCUUCUUUUAGGAGUAGGAUGGCAUUUUGCUAAGAAACUGCAGUUUAAGUCCUAAAUGUCACGAACUUGAUUUUAGCACUGAGAUAUUCCGACAUUGACUUUUGUUUUUUAUUUUGUGUUUUUAUCAGAUGACACCUUAUUUGAUAUGUGACAUCUUCAUUUUAAUAAUGCUUGUCGUGUGUCUACUAUAAGAACUUUGAAGUGUGACGUAACUUGGAUAUACAGGUACAUGUAACAAGAAUUUUGCCUCAUCACAAUUAUGGUAUUUCAUUAUAUGACAUAAGUAUGUAUUUGUAAACUUAUCAUUUUAUUUGUUGUAAAAUUGUUGUAAAAUAUAUGAAAUGUGACUGAUAUAGCCCACUCCAGCAUUCUUUGUUUUCAUUCCUCAUGGUGCAUGAUGACCGAAUCAGUUUUGUCAUUCCUAUAUUGCGACACUUCCAUUAUGAUAAUGCGAUUCCACUUUUAAAAAAUAAUUCCAUAUUAAAUAAAAGAGUGUGUGUAUAUAGUUUAUUGUUAUUUUGAUGAGUAUAGAAUUUAUUUUGCACAAGUUUGUCGGUAAUGAAGAAUUAACUGUGAGGACGAUUUAUUUUUGUGUUUAUGAUGUAAUUAUUGGGAGCUUGUAUGCAUGUCAUGUCAAUACGUAGCAUAAGACGAUAAAGUCAAAUUAUUAAUUUGAAACAAUCAUACCCAACAAAUAUUUGUUACUAUUUGUAUCGAUUUCUAUGUUCUUCCAUCUUAUAUAAUAUUCGCAAUGAGUAGUGAGUUCAUAUUAAAGCUUUACAUAACAUAAACGAUUCAUGGCUUACAUAUUAAUAUUAUCUCUAUGUAUUCCGGAACUUUAUUGUAUAUUUUGUACAUAAAUUUCAGAAAAAAACUGUACGCAUUGCUAACAAGAGCUAAAAUAGAGCAAUUAAGACUCGCUUUGUAAACAUCAAGUUGUGAUAAUUGCUUCCUUAUAUGGUAUCGAUAUUACGAAUAUACUAUGCAUGUCGUCACUACUGGCUAUUUACGACAUUAUUGUCAUUUUAUUCAUAAUGAAUAAUCAUCAUCAUCAUCAUCAUAGAUAUUAUGAUUUUGUAACCUUUUCUGAAAUGUAUUAAAGACAGGUUUAAAAAGGAAA